UAGUAGUAGUAAUAUAUUGGUUCCUCCAAAAACAAAUCCUCUAUAGCUUAUAAUAACUAAUGGCUUCUUCUCUUUGUAACUCCUCAUCAACCUUUAAGGUUUGGAUUGCCAUUGGCGCAACAAUUAUUGUUGUAAUAUGGUCGUUUUUUAGAUUUGAAGAAAAUCCAUUAAUAGAUAGAAGGUUUGUUGAAGUAAUCCGAAUAGUCGGAGGCGCUGUUGGGCCAGAGAGCUUUGCCUUUGACCCUCAUGGUGAUGGUCCUUACACCGGCGUUUCUGAUGGCCGCAUCAUCAAAUGGCUCCAAAAUGAGACACGCUGGUUCGAUUUCGCCCUCACCUCGCCCAACAGGGAUGGAUGUGAAGGUUUUCAUGAUCAUUCUACCAGUGAGCACAUAUGUGGGCGCCCAUUAGGUUUGGAGUUUGAUGAAAAUAGUGGUGAUCUAUAUAUUGCAGAUGCUUACUUGGGCCUCCUUGUUGUGGGCCCAAAUGGAGGCCUUGCUACCCAAGUUGCUAAAUUUGCACAAGGAGUUCCUUUUGGAUUCACCAAUUCACUCUGCAUUGAUCAAAAUCAUGGAGUCCUCUAUUUUACAGAUAGCAGUAUCACAUACUCAAGAAGGAGUCAUAUAUCAGUCAUAGUUAGCGGUGACGACACAGGAAGGCUAAUGAAAUAUGACAUGAAAAACAAGCAAGUUUCAGUUCUCCUCAAGAAUCUCAAGUUUCCAAAUGGUAUAGCCAUAAGCAAACAUGGUGAUUUCCUCCUUUUUGUAGAGACAACCACUUGCAAAAUCUUCAAAUUAUGGCUCAAUACAUCAAAAGCAGACAGUGUUGAAGUAGUUUCAGAGCUCCCAGGUUUUCCAGACAACAUUAAAAGAAAUAAAAAAGGAGAGUUUUGGGUGGGAGUUAACUCAAGAAGGAGCAAAUUCUUGGAUUGGGUACUCUCCAAAAAUUGGAUUAAAAAUAAUUUAGUUAAAAUCCCUUUUGAUAUUACUAAAGCACAUUCUUUCUUGGCAAAUAAUGGUUUUGGUGGGGGUAGUUUAGCAAUUAGACUUAGUGAAGAUGGCCAUGUAGUGGAGAUUUUAGAGGACCCAAAGAGGAAAAGAUGGAAGUUUGUUAGUGAAGUACAUGAAAUGAAUGGAAAUUUGUGGAUUGGAUCAGUAAAAAUGCCAUUUGCAAUUAAAGAGAAGGUGACUACUUUAGAAAAGUUCUUGGACACCAACAAUGAAUUGUGAGUUAUAAAAUUAAUUGGAAGUUGGAACCAAAUAAACUUUUGUUCAAUGUGAAGUUAAUCAUUUGCACUACAGCUCCUUAGUAGCAUAUAGUCAAGUGUAAUGUAAUUAGAUAUAUAAUCAAGUGUAAUUAGAUAGAAGGGUAGUUAUGUCAAUUUAACUUUGAGGUUGUUGGUCUUGUUAAUAGUUGGUUAAUAGAGUUAGUUAUGGAUUUUGUAGCUUAAACAAUACAAGAUAGGCAAUGUUUGUGCUAAGCAUGAUCCCAAUACUACUAUUCUAAAUUAAUUUA